GCUCCGAGUCGGCCCGCGGCCGCCCGCCCCGCGCUCGACGCCGCCCGCCGGCGCCCGCCUUCCCCGCGCCUGCCGCCGAGGCCGCCCCGGGCUCGCGAGAAUGCCGGCCGUGUCCAAGGGGGACGGGAUGCGGGGCCUGGCGGUCUUCAUCUCCGACAUCCGCAACUGCAAAAGUAAAGAAGCAGAAAUAAAGAGGAUAAACAAAGAACUGGCAAAUAUUAGGUCAAAAUUUAAGGGUGACAAAGCUCUGGAUGGCUAUAGUAAAAAAAAGUACGUGUGCAAGUUGCUCUUCAUCUUUCUCCUUGGUCACGACAUUGACUUUGGACACAUGGAGGCUGUGAACCUGCUGAGUUCAAACAGAUACACGGAAAAGCAGAUUGGCUACCUGUUCAUCUCCGUGUUGGUGAAUUCUAACAGUGAGUUGAUCCGCUUAAUAAACAACGCCAUCAAAAACGACCUGGCCAGCCGCAACCCAACCUUCAUGGGACUGGCCCUGCACUGCAUCGCCAGCGUGGGCAGCAGGGAGAUGGCUGAGGCGUUCGCUGGAGAGAUCCCCAAGACCCUGGUAGCGGGGGACACCAUGGACAGCGUGAAGCAGAGCGCGGCCUUGUGCCUGCUGCGCCUCUACCGGACAUCACCUGACCUUGUGCCAAUGGGGGACUGGACUUCGCGAGUGGUGCACCUCCUCAACGACCAGCAUUUGGGAGUGGUGACCGCAGCCACCAGCCUCAUCACCACACUGGCCCAGAAGAAUCCUGAGGAGUUUAAGACCUCCGUUUCCCUGGCUGUCUCCAGGUUGAGCAGAAUUGUGACAUCUGCGUCAACAGAUCUUCAGGAUUAUACUUACUACUUUGUCCCUGCUCCCUGGCUGUCAGUCAAACUUCUGAGGUUGUUGCAGUGUUACCCACCCCCAGAAGAUCCUGCAGUGCGAGGCCGCCUGACUGAGUGCUUGGAAACCAUCCUGAACAAGGCCCAGGAACCACCCAAGUCCAAAAAAGUCCAGCACUCGAAUGCAAAGAACGCUGUGCUGUUUGAGGCCAUCAGCCUCAUCAUCCACCAUGACAGUGAGCCAAACCUGCUUGUCCGCGCCUGCAACCAGCUGGGCCAGUUUCUUCAGCACCGGGAGACCAACCUGCGCUACCUGGCCCUGGAGAGCAUGUGCACGCUGGCUAGCUCUGAGUUCUCCCAUGAGGCUGUCAAGACCCACAUCGAGACUGUCAUCAACGCCCUCAAGACGGAGCGAGACGUGAGUGUGCGGCAGCGGGCCGUGGACCUGCUCUAUGCCAUGUGUGACCGCAGCAACGCCCAGCAGAUUGUGGCGGAGAUGCUGAGCUACCUGGAGACGGCUGACUACUCCAUCCGAGAGGAGAUUGUGCUGAAAGUCGCCAUCUUAGCUGAGAAAUAUGCAGUGGACUACACCUGGUAUGUGGACACCAUCCUGAACCUGAUUCGCAUCGCUGGAGACUACGUGAGCGAAGAGGUGUGGUAUCGCGUGAUUCAGAUCGUCAUCAACCGUGACGACGUGCAGGGCUAUGCCGCCAAGACAGUGUUUGAGGCUCUGCAGGCUCCAGCAUGCCAUGAGAAUCUGGUCAAAGUAGGCGGCUACAUCCUGGGCGAGUUUGGAAACUUGAUAGCUGGGGACCCACGCUCUAGUCCUCUGAUCCAGUUCAACCUGCUUCACUCCAAGUUCCACCUGUGCAGCGUCCCUACCCGGGCACUCCUGCUGUCUACCUACAUCAAGUUCGUGAACCUUUUUCCGGAAGUGAAGGCCACCAUCCAGGAUGUGCUGCGCAGUGACAGCCAGCUGAAGAAUGCAGAUGUGGAGCUGCAGCAGCGGGCCGUGGAGUACCUGCGGCUGAGCACUGUGGCCAGCACUGAUAUUCUGGCAACUGUCCUGGAGGAAAUGCCUCCCUUCCCGGAGCGUGAGUCCUCCAUCCUGGCCAAGCUCAAGAAGAAGAAGGGCCCAAGCACCGUGACUGACCUGGAAGAGACCAAGCGGGACCGGAGCAUCGAUGUGAACGGGGGCCCCGAGCCUGCCCCGGCCAGUACCAGUGCUGUGUCCACGCCUUCUCCGUCGGCAGACUUGCUGGGUCUGGGGGCCGCUCCCCCGGCUCCUGCCGUGCCCCCUGCCUCUGCUGGUGGUGGCGGGCUGCUGGUGGACGUGUUUUCAGACUCAGCUUCUGCGGUCGCACCGCUUGCUCCAGGCUCGGAAGACAACUUUGCCAGGUUUGUUUGUAAAAAUAAUGGUGUGUUGUUUGAAAACCAGCUGCUUCAAAUUGGACUUAAGUCUGAAUUUCGGCAGAACUUAGGGCGGAUGUUCAUAUUUUAUGGUAACAAGACCUCCACGCAGUUCUUAAACUUCACUCCAACACUGAUCUGUGCAGACGACCUUCAGGCUAAUCUGAAGCUGCAGACCAAGCCUGUGGACCCCACUGUGGACGGGGGUGCGCAGGUGCAGCAGGCAGUCAACAUCGAGUGCCUGUCUGACUUCACGGAGGCGCCGGUCCUCAACCUCCAGUUCAGGUAUGGCGGCACAUUCCAGAAUGUCUCCGUUAAGCUGCCCAUCACACUCAACAAGUUUUUCCAGCCCACAGAAAUGGCUUCUCAGGAUUUCUUUCAGCGCUGGAAGCAGUUGAGCAAUCCACAACAAGAAGUGCAAAACAUUUUCAAAGCAAAGCAUCCCAUGGAUACGGAGAUCACUAAAGCGAAGAUUAUUGGAUUUGGUUCUGCACUCCUUGAGGAAGUUGACCCCAAUCCUGCAAAUUUUGUGGGUGCUGGCAUCAUACACACCAAAACUACCCAGAUUGGGUGCUUGUUGCGUCUGGAGCCGAAUCUGCAAGCCCAGAUGUACCGACUCACACUGCGCACAAGCAAAGACACCGUGUCUCAGAGAUUAUGUGAAUUGCUGUCGGAGCAGUUCUGAUCCUCAAGGAUGGAAGAUCAGGCUCAUGUGUUUGUGCGUUUCUCUUCGUCUCUACCAUUUGUCUUCGUUACCGUACUGCAAAUAAACACCCCUUGUCUGAACCCCACAGCACAAGGCGUCUGCAGCCCUGCACCUCCAGACGGCUCCGUGGGUGUGGAUGGGACACAGAACGCGGUUCCAGAAGGGCUGCAGCCGGCCUGCCCCGUCAGAGGAGGGAGCCUGGACCUGGGAAUCAAGACAGCCCUGGGGGUCGGCCUGGCACAUUAAAAGGGAAAUUAGAAGUUUGAAUGAAAGUGGAAAUUUUGUUGAAAUUUUAUUGAAGUGCUGCCGUAGGGCGGCUGGCCUAAUCUCAGACCCUGGGAACAGCUCUCUCUGCUUGUAGCAAUGACUCUGGGCUCUGGCCAUGCUGGGAGUGACACAAAUGGCUUGAUGUGUGUGGCUGACGCAGCAGGCUGGGAAACGUGUUCAUACGGGUUGCUGUAGCACCCCUGAUGGUUUCUGGGGUAGGAUUUUUAACUUGCUUUAUUGACUGUUGGCAAAGCGACGUGCCAUGCUCACCUCUGUGGCCAUUCUUUUCACAGCCCCAUUUUUCUUGAAGGGACAUUAGAGACAUUCAUUCUACUUGUUUGAAACUGUGGAUUUGCAGCAUGGUGGGAAGGAGUUCCCAGUGGCGCUGGGGGAUGUACCAGACCUGGCUCCUUUUGUUUUAAAUGGGUGCAUUGUCCUGGGUGCGUUCUGGGACGGGGGUGUCACAAGCGUGGAGUGGCGGAGCAAGGCUGUGCUUUAUUUUCCUGGCUCGUGGUUUUCCUGUUGAGGCCUGGGUGCUGCAGACCUGCACCUGUCCAGCCCUUGCGUGAGGCGGGGUGGAGGAGGGAGGCCUGGUUGGUCAGGGAAUGAAGAGGCCAGGGACAAGGAGGGCAGCUGGCCUGUGCUGUGCGAGGCUGUACGGGGCUCUCUGGCUGGUGUGCUGCUGUCCAGCACGGGUCUUGCGCAGGUUAGGUGGGCCCUGCAGGCCCAGUCAGGAGCCCAGUCCAGGGCAGAGGCCUUUGGAGCCACGGGAAGCCCUGCACUCCGCCCCCACAUGUGGACACCGUCAGGAGGGGCAGGUUCCAUCUGAGCACGUGCCCCAGCUGUCAGGUCCCUCUAGUUCACAGGGGCACCAGUCAGCUGCACAUAAGGUCCUUCAGCCAGCCUCAGGCCGCAGCCUCUCGUGACAGCUCCGGGGGUCCCUGGCAGCCCCACGCGCACAGCCUUUGUGUUGGUUUCAGAACAGACAACCUCGUGUACUGGUCCUUGUGUCCCGUGGAGUCCGUGGUCUGGCCGCAGAGUCUGAUGCCCAACUGCCAAGGCUUGUGCUGCGGGUGGAUGGUGUGGCUGUGGCGGGAGCAAGCUUCCGUGUCCUUUCUCUAGUGGCCGGACAGAGUCUCUUUCCACCGUGUGGAUGGCCAUGUGCCUGUGUGGCUACGGCUUGAGUGCUCCCUGGUGGUGGUGUCUGGGACAUAGGAAGGGUGGCUGCUGGAGCACAAGCCUUUGCUCUGCAUCAAGAGCCCCUGUCAGUCCGGUGUGCUCCUUCUCAGAGAAAAAUAAAUUCUGGAGUGUGA